AUUUUCCAUCUUUUUACUUAUUGCAGUUUAUAUAUAUAUACUAUAUGUAUGUAUACUACAUAUAUAUAUAUAUAUAUAUAUAUAUAUAAAUUAAGAAAUGAAAAAGUAAAACGUACAUAUGUAAACAUGUACAUAACUGAUACCAAAUGGUAAAAAGGAGAGGAAUACCAGGGUUGAAAAAAGAUUGAGGGGUAAAUAGAUAGCAGAGGAUAUUUUAGCAUAGGCAGCAAAAUGGAGGGUGAAAGGUAUUUGUAAGAGGAAAAAGAAAGAAGAUGUUGAAUUAUUAUAUAUGUAGUACUAAAAACAUUCAAAUAUAUACAUAUUUUAAUGUACUUUUUGUAUAACAAGAAUUAUAUAUUAGUGAUAUAUACGAAACAUUUGUCAAAAAGAAGCAAUCAGAUUUUUUAUUUACUUUACUAAUUAGAAAAAAAAAUACAAAAUAACAUAGCCUGCAGCCCUGGUAUUACAGAAACACGUAGAAAAUAUGUAUGUACCUUGAACUACCUAAAAAAAAUCAACAUUUACCUAAAAAUAUAACCAGCAGGAAAGAAGAAAAGAGCACCAAGCCGUCGCUAAUGACCUGAAGGUCGAUGAAACGUUAAACAUCAAAGAAAAAUAAAGUUAAAAUGGAAUUUGACUACAUAACCAUAAAUUCGGAUUACUAUUUGUACCCACAUAUACAAGCAUCUACUUCUUGAACAAUAUGUAUUGAUUACUUGAAUUGAAUAUAUGAGUUGGAUAUACUAUCAGCUGUUAGUAUGUAAUACACUUCGUUAUUGCAACAUACACAUUUAUGUCAUAUGACAAGUGUAAAUAAGAUACAUACUUAUUGAGUACAUAUACAAGUAAUGCAUACGCGUAUACAUACAUGCAUAUACACCCUCCCGACGUUUGGAGUUUAUGAUCAGUGGUCAAGUGAUCAGUACAUAUCAGUACAUAUUUCACAAUGAAAUGAAAACGCGUGACUUUUAUACAGCUUCUAAAGUAUAAAUUCGUUUAAAAAAUUAUUUUUCGUUUAAAUUAUUAGUGGCGAGAAAAAUUAGUAGCAAAACAAACAUCGACAGAAACGAGAAAAAAGUUAGUAAAUUAAUAAACACAAUUUUCUUUGAAAUAAGGUUUAGACUUUUUUAAAUUGCUAAUAACAUGAAAAAACAUGAUGCAUUAUUGGAAAUACAUCUAGAGAGACCUAUCUAUGAGCAGGAAACUUUAAAUAAAGAUUAUCAAUAUGAGAAACCUCAUAUGUCUGUUAUGGAAGAUACACUGAAUGCCCUGAGGUCUAAAAAUUGGAAAAAAUGUGUGACGUCUGCAAUCCCAUCCAUAAAUUGGUUGAGAGAUUAUCAAUGGAAAGAUACAAUAACAUCUGAUAUAAUUUCUGGUUUGACUGUGGCAAUUAUGCAUAUUCCUCAGGGCAUGGCUUAUGCUCUUUUGGGAAAUGUUCCACCUGUAAUUGGAAUAUAUAUGGCAUUCUUUCCUGUUCUAGUGUACUUCUUCUUUGGCACAUCCAGACAUGUGUCAAUGGGAACAUUCGCUGUGGUAUCCUUGAUGACUGGGAAAACUGUGAUGACUUACUCUAAACCACAUGAUACUAUAAGUGGGAAUAAUACAGAAUUAAUGUCCAUUCCUCCUGGAGAACUAUCAUAUGCUUUUACACCUAUGCAGGUAGCAACGGCUGUUACAUUGAUGGUUGGCAUAUAUCAGAUCAUAAUGUACAUAUUUCAUUUGGGUAUCAUAAGCACAUUGCUUAGUGAACCUCUAGUGAAUAGUUUUACAUCUGGUGCAGCUGUUUACGUUUUUGUAUCCCAAAUUAAAGAUUUACUAGGUAUAAAAAUUCCAAAACAAAAAGGAUACUUCAAACUCAUUUUUACGUUGAUAAGUAUAUUUAGUGAAAUAAAAAACACAAAUCCAAGUGCUUUGAUUAUGUCAUUAAUAACGAUUAUUAUUCUUGUAUGUAACAAUGAAUUGUUAAAGCCAUGGGCAAGUAAAAAAUGUAGCAUUCCAAUACCGAUUGAAUUGAUUGCAGUUGUAAGUGGAACUUUAAUUUCAAAAUAUUUUCGUUUGACUGAAAAGUAUAAUAUUCAAGAUGUUGGUGAUAUUCCAAUAGGACUUCCAGCCCCUGAAAUACCAACAGUUAAAUUACUACAUCUUGUAGCUAUAGAUAGUAUUGCUAUAACUAUGGUGUCUUACACUAUUACCAUAUCGAUGGCUUUAAUUUUUGCACGUAAACUUAAUUACAAAAUUAAUUCAAAUCAAGAACUCCUUGCUAUGGGUUUAAGUAAUGUAUUUGGAUCAUUUUUCUCUUGUAUGCCAGUUUCAGCAUCUUUAAGUAGAUCUUUAAUUCAAGAAACUGUUGGUGGUCGAACACAAAUAGCUAGCAUUGUAUCUUGUUUGAUAUUAUUAUUUAUUCUUUUAUGGAUUGGUCCAUUUUUUGAAUCUUUACCAAGAUGUGUUCUAGCAGCGAUUAUUGUUGUGGCUUUGAAAGGAAUGUUUCAGCAAGCUGCUCAGUUGUUAAAAUUCUGGAAAUUGAAUAAGUGUGAUGCAAUGAUCUGGAUUGCUACAUUUGUUAUGGUUGUAAUAGUAAAUAUUGAUAUUGGUUUACUUUUUGGGAUUAUGAUGUCGCUUGGAAUUAUUUUAUUGCAAAGUAUUAGGCCAUAUACUUGUUUACUGGGGCAUAUACCAAAUACAGAUUUAUAUUUAGAUAUAAGUCGAUAUAAAGCAGCUAUAGAAAUUCCCAAACUGAAAAUUUUUCAAUACUGUGGUACUUUAAAUUUUGCAAACUGUAAUUAUUUUAAAUCAGAAUUGUACAGAAUAGUUAGAGUGAAUCCACAGAAAGUCAGAGAACAUAGACAAAAAUUAAGAGAAAAUGGGAUUUACAUAGAUACACAAGAUUUAGAGGACAAACAGGAAUUACGUUGUGUAAUCAUGGAUAUGAGCGCCUUAAGUUAUAUUGACUCGAGUGGUGUAUUCACUUUGCAUUCGGUUAUACAAGAAUUCGAUCAAAUCGAUGUACAAUUUUAUCUUGUGAAUUGUACGAGUCCUAUUUUUGAAACCAUAAAAAAAUGUGACUUAUAUUUGCACGGUAAACUUACAUUUAAGAUUUUUGCGACGAUACAAGAUGCUAAACUGUACUUUGAAAAAGAACAUUACUCAAGAUAGUAUAUGUUCAUUACUGUACUUAUUUUAUCUAUGUUGCGAAUGUUUAUAUAAAUAUAUUUGUUUUCCUUGUUUAUGUGAUGUCGCUAUUAAUUUAAUGGUACUUAGAAAUAGUAUUAGAACAAAUUUUAAAUACACAGCGAAAUGUACAAUAAAAAUUUUCAUAUUUGCAAACAGUUGGAAUAUAAUUAUAUAGAAUGUGUUAUAUAUAAUAAAUAUGUUAUUUAGUUAUAUGUUCAAGAAAGUACAAAUGUGUAGUACAGAAUCGAUACUUGUAUUUCUUAAAAUGUGUACUUUAUUGGUUUCAUUCAGUUGUACGAGGUGCUACUCAAAUGUAUGAUAUAUACAUGAACAUGACAAUAAGAGAUUUCAAAUGAAUUCUACUUUUUAUAAUCUAGAUAAUCAGUUGUGUACAAAUAAAACAAUUUUUAACGAA